UCCUUUUAGGUUGCAGUUGCCUGCGUUUCCGUGUCGGGCACCGAGGGAAGGAAAUAGUAGCGUUUGACUGAUUUCGGCUGAUUUAUCCAGUGCAGAGCUACAAAUGGAAAAAAGUAGCUACUGUUAGACAACGCGUUAAGAUCUGUAUAAUGUGUACCGAAGUAUACCUGUUAACUUCAGCAGGAGGGACAGCUUAGUAACACUGCCUGUCAUGUGAAACGUCCAACAAAACUGUAGGAGAGCGGCUGUAUCUCCCUUAGCUAACCCUAGGUUAUACGUUUAAUUAGGUUAUACGUUUUUACGGUUUCUCUGUUAAUGCAUUAGGUAAAAUCCACGUCUACGGGAGGAAGCAUGAAGAAGUUUAAUAUCAGAAAGGUGUUUGAUGGCUUGACUGCGGUUUCCUCCUCUUCCUCAUCCGCAUCACCUCAGCCGAGUAACAGGGAAAAUGACAUUAUUCAGGAGACUUUGCAGUCAGAACAUUUUCAGCUGUGUAAGACAGUGCGACAUGGCUUCCCUUAUCAACCCUCUGCCAUGGCCUUUGACCCUGUGCAAAAAAUACUAGUCAUUGGAACACAAAGUGGAGCCCUAAGGCUCUUUGGCCGAGCAGGAUUGGAGUGUUAUUGCCAGCACGAGGGCAACUCAGCUGUCAUCCAGCUGCAGUUUCUCAUCAAUGAGGGGGCGCUGGUGAGUGCUUUAAGUGAUGACAGCAUUCACUUAUGGAAUUUGAGACAGAAGAUUCCAGCAAUUCUCCAUUCCCUUAAAUUCAACAGGGAGAGGAUUACGUUCUGCCAUUUGCCCUUCCAGAGUAAGUGGCUGUACAUUGGCACAGAAAGAGGCAACAUUCACAUUGUCAAUGUGGAGUCCUUCACUCUCUCAGGCUAUGUCAUCAUGUGGAACAAAGCCAUUGAGCUCUCUUCAAAGAACCACCCUGGACCUGUGGUACACAUCAGUGAUAACCCUAUGGAUGAAGGAAAGCUUUUGAUUGGUUUUGAAUGUGGUAUUGUUGUGCUGUGGGACUUGAGAUCAAAGAAAGCUGACUACCGCUACAGUUACGAUGAGGCAAUCCACUCUGUGGCCUGGCACCAUGAAGGGAAACAAUUUGUGUGCAGUCACUCAGAUGGCACACUGACUACAUGGAAUGUACGUUCACCUGCAAAGCCUGCCCAGAUCAUCACACCGCACGGCAAACAGCCCAGGGAUGGGAGAAAACCUGACCCAUGCAAGCCCAUUCUGAAAGUGGAAUACAAAACGGCCAAGGCCGGGGAACCUUUCAUGGUCCUGUCUGGAGGUCUCUCAUAUGAUACAGUGGGGCGCAGGGCCUGUCUGACGGUGAUGCAUGGGAAAAGCACCGCUGUGCUGGAGAUGGACUACCCCAUCGUGGACUUCUUAACGCUCUGUGAAACUCCUUAUCCAAACGAUUAUCAGGAGCCAUAUGCUGUAGUGGUCCUGCUGGAGAAGGACUUAGUAGUUGUUGACCUUGCACAAACAGGGUACCCUAGCUUUGAGAACCCGUAUCCUCUGAGCAUCCACGAGUCCCCGGUGACUUGCUGCGAGUACUUUGCUGACUGCCCUGCUGAACUCAUUCCUGCUCUUUACUCUGUGGGCUCCAGGCAGAAGAGACAGGGCUAUAGUAAAAAGGAAUGGCCUAUAAGUGGUGGUAACUGGGGCCAGGGAGCGCAAAGCUACCCCGAGAUCAUUAUCACAGGACAUGCUGAUGGGUCUGUCAAAUUCUGGGAUGCUUCUGCAUUGAUGCUGCAGGUGCUGUACAAGCUGAAGACAGCCAAAGUGUUUGAGAAGGUCACAGCCAAGGAGGAGAAGCCCAGCCCUGAUGUCGUGGAUGAAGACCCUUUCGCCAUCCACAGCCUGUCCUGGUGUCCAGAGAGCCGCGUGCUCUGUCUGGCAGCUGUCUCCGCCCAUGUCAUUGUUUACCGCUUCAGCAAGCAUGAAGUCACCACGGAAACUGUUCAGCUGCUAGAGGUGCGCAUGCAGUGUGAGCUUAAUGACGUGGACAGUCUGGAGGGAGGCGGGGAGCAGGCGUCGGCUGUGUCCACUCCGGGAGCCUCGUCCAGCCCUCAGGGCAGUACGCCGCAACCGCACCCAUCAAGCAGCAGCACCAGCUCCUCCGAGGGCCUGCGGGACAACGUGCCCUGCCUCAAGGUCAGGAGCAGUCCACUCAAACAGUCCCCCGGCUACCAGGUGGAACUGGUCAUCCAGCUGCUGUGGGUGAGUGGGGAGCCACCGCAGCAGAUCUCCAGCCUGGCUGUCAACUCCGCCUACGGCUUAGUGGUUCUGGGUAACGGUAAUGGAGUGGCUGUAGUGGACUACCUCCAGAAGACCUUGCUGCUCAACGUGACCACAGCAGAGAUGCACGGCUUGCCUGAUCCCCAUCAGAGACAACCGCGCUCACCCCGCAAGGGCAGGCACCCGUCCGGAGGUCUCUGUGAUGGUAAUGAUGGUGGUGCUACCUCGGAAGACCGCUGCAAGUCACCUACAUCAGGCUGUGGUUCUCCCUACCAUUCAGAUGAAGACAGCAAACAGAAGUUUCUGGAAAAGGUGAAAUCCAAAAGCAGGCUGAUAUCAAAGAGUGUUGCCAAUGACUUUGCUAAGAUGUCACGGAUAUUUAGCAUGGCUGCUGAUCAGAAACAUGAUGGGGAUGUGUGGCGGCAGCUCUUUCUCCCUGUUAAUAAGUGUGUGUGUGAGGCAGAGGAGGCAUUGUCCCGAAGAAAAGCAGCAUCUGUCUAUGGGACACACUUUGAGCCCAGCCUCAAUGCCAGGGAUGGCUCCUUCAUCCACUCCCGCAGCUCCAGCAUGGGCAGUAUUGACAGAGAGGCUCGCGAGGUCAUCUCUUCCCUUCAUUUCUUCGAGACUCUGUCCAGGAAGAACGAGCUGGUGCCAGUCCCCAGCCUCUGGCUGGGCACCUCCCUGGGCACUGUGCUGGCAAUCUCUCUCUUGGUGCCCUCUGCCUCAGAGCUGAGGCUGCAGCAAGCCGUAGCCGUCUCCUUCUGUGGCUCAGUGGUUCGGCUGAAGGGGGGUAUUCUUCGCAUGGCCGUGAUGGACUCCACUGGCUCUCUGGUGCCCCCUGCUUGCGAGAGCUGGUAUGAUCCCAAUGCCCCUGAGGAGGAGAGGGAGCGAACACGAAGUCGCCGGCCCACCUCACCAUCUUCCUCUCAGGAAAACCAGGACUGCCAGUACGCUGUGGUCUGCUCCGAGAAACAGGCCAAAGUGGUGGCCCUGCCCUCUCAGAACUGUAUCUAUGAUCACAACAUCACAGAGACAUCGUUUGUACUGAGGGCUGACGUUGUCAUCAUGUCUGCUGGCAUCUGCGUCGCCUGUUUCUGUGCCAAUGGUCACAUUAUGACUCUGAGUUUGCCCAGCCUCAGGCCCCUGCUGGAUGUGAACUACUUGCCUCUGACGGACAUGCGCAUAGCCAGGACCUUCUGCUUCUCCAACCUGGGCCAGGCUCUGUACCUCACCUCCCCUAUGGAGAUCCAGAGACUCACCUAUAGCCAGGAAACCUGUGACAACCUGCAGGAGAUGCUGGGUGAGCUCUUCACUCCAGUAGAGACCCCAGAGGCUCCUAACAGAGGCUUUUUUAAAGGUCUUUUUGGAGGUGGAGCUCAGUCUCUGGAUAGAGAGGAUCUCUUUGGUGAACUGGCGGCAGGCAGGGCCUCGCGCAGCUUGGCCCAGCACAUCCCCGGGCCAGGCAGCAUGGAGGGCAUGAAGGGGGCAGCAUCGGGUGUCGUGGGGGAGUUGGCGCGGGCACGCAUUGCCCUGGAUGAGAGAGGGCAGAAACUGGGCGAGUUGGAAGAGAGGACGGCGGCCAUGAUGGCCAGCGCGGAUGCCUUUUCCAGGCAUGCGCAUGAUGUGAUGCUGAAGUACAAGGAUAAGAAGUGGUAUCAGCUUUGAUGGGCGGCCAGGGAGUGGCAGGAUGCAGCUCCACUCUCCUCCUCCUCUCCUUCCUCCUCUUUUUCCUCUCUUUCUUCUCUGGAGGGUAGCGAGGCUGUCACAUCCACCCAGGGCAGCAUGGCAGUGCUGGCUCAGAGGGGCAGACAGGAGACCAAGAGCGGACGAGGAGGGGAAGGGACGAGGAGGAAUGACUGGGCAGACCUUUUGUUGUAUUUUGGUGGUGUGAGAGGCCGAGCUUCUUUCCCCUACCACAAAUGUGUUCUCUUGCAGGAGAGCAGACUCGACUCACUCAUCAUCUGUGCUGUGAUUUUUCCACUGCCAUACUCCAUAUAAAAACUACAAAACAAAGGAUUAGGUGAUCAUUUAUGUAAAUUAAUAGAAGAGGAAUGGUUGAAAGUACAACUUUUGAGUACAGCAAGCAUAAUGUCCACCACAUUGCCAGGUGUAAUGCUAUAGAUAAUCAUUCACGUGGGCAAGACUAAAUAGCAUGUCCAGUCACUUAGUUUAGAAACCUGAAAUUAUACUACUUUCUUUCUGUAAUUUUAAUGUUGCACAAACUAAAGGCCAGACUGUCUUACAUAAGAUGUGGUUAAGUGUCAUAAAAUGAAUCUCUAAAGGGCUGGUAAUGUGCUGUAAGUACCACAGGUCAUGUGAUCAUUCUGCCAUAUCAGAUUGCAGUCUGCCAAUGGAAGAGUUGUGAGGUUCUGAUUUUUCACUCUUUUUCAGUAAAGGACAUAUUGGUUUACAUGGAUCAGGUUUCAAAAGUCCAUCAAACCCCUUUAGCUAGGAGCUCUCACCCACACUCCUACCCUGUUAAUAAAGGUGGAUCAUAAGGCAGAUGCUUGGGUUAAAGAACUGAGCAUGUUCUACUUGUCGCCGUUUUAAGAGUGGUUGAAAUGCACUGGAAAAAUAUAUUACACCUGGAGCUUGUGUACUGUUUUUGUCCAUGAGAAGAAACUUGAUUACGAUUGAAAGUGCGGGGCAUGACUUAUAGUAUGUGCCUUGAAAUGAUUAAUUCGAUUUGCUCACUAAAGGUAGUUCUGUUGAGUCUUGUUCCUCCUUGAAAUGUCACAAGAUGCUUCAUCUCCUGUGCUCUAAAGGUGUGGGAAUGGUGUAGAACAGUAUGAUUCCGGCUGGCCCCCAAAAGGGACAGCCCUGGUGUGAGACCACAGGACGAAGCCAGGUUCCAUCCUGCAGGCUGAUGGCUGCAGAAGGAAAGGCCAUGUAUAUUUAUCUUCUGUUCUUGUCAGAAUUCCAGUCCCCCUGCUUUUCUGUUUUUUGUUUUUGUUUGUUUGUUUCUUCUUCCUCUCUUUAGACUGACACAUUUGUCUCAUUUUGCACAGUGUCAACUGUAGUCAUCUCUGUGUUUGAUACUGCACUGGACACGACUGGGAGCCUUUAAGAAAUCCCGUAACUGAGCUCUCACCCUUAGUCAGCAUUCCCUCAGCCUCAACAAGAGGAGCUAGCCUUUUGCCUUUUGCUUAUCAUGCAAAUACGCUAACCUCAACCUAUGUGCAUAUCUAUGUUUUGUGAACAUACAUAUGUGCAGGAAUAUGUGCAUGUUCACAUAUGAUUAAAGAAAUAGCAACUUUUUUUAAGGGUUUUGUUUUGUGUUGAGUCGCUUGUUUCUAUUUGUGAGGUAUAAGAAAUUGCUGCUAUUUGUGUUUUAGGAGCAUUAUUUCAUUUCUUCAUUUACUAAUAUAAUGAAGAACAAGGCUUUUCUGUUCUCUUUCCAAAUUGCUGCCAAAUGUUGUAAAUACUUAGACAUUUGAAGACAAAUUUGAGAGUGCCAACACCGCAAGCACCCCCAGUUGCUUUGACUACGGUUGCCAUGGUUGCCAUGUUCUUGUCUGACACCAAAGAGUUACUUAGUUUUGAUUGUUGUUCUUAUGACCAAUAUGAGAGGAUCUAACCUGCUUGUGACACUUGGUAAACUGUAUGAGACCCUGGUGUCAUGACCUCCCUAGAAGUGUAGUGAGCCACUCCUUUGCUUGCCAUGAUGUGUGUGUAAAUACCUGCUGGAAUUUUGACCGAACUGAAUUGUGCUACUGUGCUUUGUAUUCUCCCCCCCCCCCCCCCCCUUUUUUUUUUUAUGGUAUAAGCAAUUGUGUGGUUUUGCACUAUAUGUUUUGUAUUAUAAUGACAUAAGUCAUUUUAUUGAUAUUUUUGUAGUUUGUAUUGUAAUUUUUGGCAUUUGUUUCUUUCUGAAGGACCAAAACAUGAGAAAACAAGAUGCUUAAGUGUAUUAAUGGCAAGUUUCGAGGAGUGUCUCUUACUCUCACAUCUGUCUUCACUGUCAGUUUAAUUAACAAUAUUAUAUUUAUAUAUUUGGGGAAAAUAUAUAUAAUUUUAAUUUCAGAUACUUACAAAUGAACUCUUUUAGUAUAUUAUUUAAAAAGACAAUUGUUCAUUUUAAGAUAAUUAAUUGGUUGUACAUAUUCUCCAUAAAUAUUCAAUUCAAAUGUCCAUGGCAGAAGAACUGCUUGAGCCUAUGGAAAAUCUAGCAUUUGGAAACUACUGGCCAUCUCUGUAUAUUGUGUCCUUGCACAAACAGGCAGCAUGAUACUAUGAUACUUAGUGUUUACAAACUUGGAACUAUCCAUUUACAUUUGCCCUUCCUAGAUGUUUAGUUCAUUAUUUUUUCACCACAUGUAGACCACCCCCCUCCCCCCCUCCUUUAUUUAAAGCACAUUAUGUUUUGAGAACAGAGCACUCCUAGCCAAUACAGCACUACUGAUAACUCGGAAACAUGUUUUCUGUGGGUUUCUGUCAGUUGCAGGUUUUCACAUUAUAGCAAAGAUACUGUACAGUUUUAUUAAGCAAAACGUCAUAUGGAUGUUUGUCUCAACAUGCUGCCACAUGCAAUUUAGGAAAUACGUUGAUAGACAUAACUGUGCAAUGAAAAAUAAAUGUAAAGCAAAGUUA